AUGACAAAAGCCGAACUUUUGGAUGUUGCUUAUAAAAAUUUACCACCAAAAGAAUACAUGGCUGAUAAGGCGGCAAUGAAGCAUAAUGUUCAACUUGUCCGCAUACCUGUAAAGCAUUGUGCUCUCAAUCGUAUUGAACUCGUGUGGGCUUCAUUAAAGAAUUUCGUUUGUAGCAAUAAUGUUCGAUUCAGUCUUAAUGAUGUGGAACAGCUAACGAAAGAAUUUCUAUCGUCUAUCGAUCCCAACCAUGUGAAACCUUAUUUUGAUCACGUUAAAAAACACGAGGAAAUAUUCAAGGCUGCCGACAAAAUCGCCGAGGAGAUGGAAAAUGACUUAAUUGAUGAAGAUGAGGGCGAGGAUAAUAUGGUAGACAUGGACAGUGGAGAUAGUGACUAA